ACUUUCGGCAGUAUUCCACUGACCAUUAAAUCGAGAACAUCAUUUCAUCCGAAUAGAAUGUUGGGCCUUGUGGAAACCCUUCUCAUACUUGGAUUAAUUUCUUUAUUAUUCGCCCUCUACAGCCACUAUAGCUACUGGCAAAGACAUGGUGUGCCACAGCAGACACCCCUUCCCUUUUUGGGCAACAUGAAAGGUGUGGGCACGGAAAAGCAUUUCUGUGAAAUUGUCCAAGAGAUUUAUGGGAAAUUUAAAAAUAAAUCUCCCAUUGGUGGCCUAUAUGUUUUCAUACGGAAAUCAGCUGUUAUACUCGAUUUGGAGGUGAUCAAACAUGUGCUGAUAAAAGACUUCUCUAAUUUCCAUGAUCGUGGCGUGUUCAAUAAUGUACGAGAUGAUCCAUUGACGGGACAUUUGGUAACGCUGGAGGGCGAACAAUGGCGGGCCAUGAGAAAUAAACUGAGUCCGGUGUUCACUUCGGCCCGCAUGAAAUAUAUGUUUCCCACGGUGGCAAGGGUGGCGGAGAACCUGGUCGAAGUGGUACAUGAAAUGCUAAGGAGCGGUAAUUCGGCAGAGAUUUUGGAAAUGAAGGAGCUGUGUGCCCGUUUUACCACCGAUGUCAUUGGAACCUGUGCCUUUGGCAUUGAUUGUUGCAGCCUCAAAAAUCCCAAGGCAGAAUUUCGCCAACGUGGUCGUGCCAUUUUUUCCGAACGCAGAUAUCAUCCCUUGAUCCAGCAGUUUAUGUUUAGCAAUCCCAAAUUGGCCCGCCGCUUGCGCAUGAAAUUCUUUCCCGAUCACAUAACCAAAUUCUUUUUGAAUGUCAUCAAGGAGACGGUGGAGUAUCGCCAAGAGAAUGGCGUCAAGAGGAAUGACUUUUUGGAUUUACUAAUCGAACUGAAGGCCAAAAAUGAAGAGCUGGCCCGGGGAUCUUUGGGUAUUGAUUUGUCAAAGGGUUUAACACUAGAGCAAAUGGCCGCUCAGACCUUUGUUUUCUUUGUGGCGGGAUUUGAGACCUCCUCCACUACAAUGACAUUUUGCCUCUAUGAAUUGGCAAGGCAUAUGCAGGUGCAGGAAAGGCUGAGACAGGAGAUUCUGGAAAGUUUGAAGAAAACUAAUGGCGAAAUAACCUAUGAGGGCCUACAUGAAUUGCAGUAUUUGGAUCAGGUGGUGGCAGAAACCCUACGCCUAUAUCCCGUCAUACCCACGCUGCUGCGCACCACCACCAGCAAUUAUCGCAUACCCAACUCCGACUGCAUAGUGGAAGAGGGUACCCAAAUUGCUAUACCAGUCUACUCCAUACAUCGUGAUCCGGCCUAUUAUGAUCAGCCCAAUGAAUUCAAUCCUGAUAAUUUCGAACCCAAACGAUGUGAAGAACGUCAUUCUUGUGCCUAUUUACCAUUUGGUGAUGGGCCACGUAACUGUAUCGGUUUGCGUUUUGGUAAAAUGCAAACUAAACUGGGUUUGGUGGCCUUGCUGCGGAAAUUCCGUUUUGAAAUUUGCCCCCAAACCGAACUUGUAAUGGAUAAGAAAAAUUUCCUGCUAACCACAGAAUCGGGUGUAGAUCUUAAGGUUACAAUUUUGUGAGACAGGGAAAUAAAGAUAUUAUUUUAAAUUUUAUAAUAAUUAAAUAUUAUUUUCUAAAUA